GUCUGGCAGACAUUUUUUGUCGCUCCGGUUGACGGUAAACAGCAACCUCCUCACUCGAACCAGCCCGACGCGGACAAAGCUCGGUUUUUACUCUCCUCGACGAAUAACGCUAAAGCUGCAGAAGAAAUGUUCUACACAUGUGGACCCAAUGAAGCCAUGGUGGUCUCAGGCUUUGGCCGCUCUCCACCUCUGAUGAUCGCCGGAGGACGAGUAUUUGUCUUCCCGUGUAUUCAGCAGAUUCAGAGGAUCACUCUGAACACACUAACUCUAAAUGUGAAGAGUGACAAAGUGUACACCCGACAUGGUGUCCCAAUCUCUGUCACGGGAAUUGCUCAGGUGAAGAUCCAGGGCCAGAACAAGGAGAUGCUCGCUACCGCCUGCCAGAUGUUCAUGGGCAAGUCAGAGGCUGAGAUUGCCCAAAUCGCCCUGGAGACGCUGGAGGGCCACCAGAGGGCCAUCAUUGCUCACCUCACUGUGGAGGAGAUCUACCAGGACCGCAAGAAGUUCUCCGAGCAGGUCUUCAAGGUGGCCUCCUCGGACCUGGUCAACAUGGGGAUAGGGGUGGUCAGCUACACCCUCAAAGAUGUCCAUGAUGAUCAGGACUACCUCCACUCCCUCGGCAAGGCCAGGACGGCUCAGGUGCAGAAGGAUGCCAGGAUCGGAGAGGCUCAGUACAAGCGGGACGCCGUCAUCAGGGAGGCCCAGGCCAUGCAGGAGAAGGUGUCUGCUCAGUACAAGAACGAGAUCGAGAUGGCCAAAUCCCAGCGGGACUACGAGUUGAAAAAGUCUGCCUAUGAUGUGGAGGUCAACACCAAGAAGGCAGAGUCCGAAAUGGCCUAUCAGCUUCAGGUGGCAAAGACCAAGCAGCGCAUCGAGGAGGAGAAGAUGCAGGUGCAGGUGGUGGAGCGCGGCCAGCAGACCAUGCUGCAGGAGCAGGAGAUCGUCCGCAAGGAGAAGGAGCUGGAGGCCAAAGUCAAGAAGCCCGCAGAGGCCGAGAAGUAUCGUCUGGAGAGGCUGGCCGAGGCUCAGCGCCUGCAGCUCAUCAUGGAAGCUGAAGCUGAGGCAGAGUCUAUCAGAAUCAAGGGAGAGGCGGAGGCAUUCGCCCUGGAGGCCAAAGGCCGCGCCGAGGCAGAGCAGAUGUCCAAGAAGGCCGAAGCCUUCAAGCAGUACGGAGAAGGAGCCAUGGUGGACAUGCUGCUGGAGAAGCUCCCUCUGAUGGCUGAGGAGAUCAGCAAACCGCUGUCGUUGGCCAAGAAGGUCACCAUGGUGUCCAGCGGCGGCGGGGACGUCGGCGCCUCCAAGCUGGCCGGCGAGGUUCUGGAGAUCAUGACCCGUGUGCCCUCGGCGGUGGAGAAGCUCACCGGAGUGGACAUUUCCCAGGUUACAGGCCGGUCUCUCCGUGUGCAUUAAGACGACCUCACGCCUCCCCCCGGUGCCGCCAUCUCCCUGCGCGCUUGUGAGCCUCAUCAAAUGCGCGUCUGCUCCCUCUCUCGUUGUAGCGCUAAAAGUGCUUUUCCCCCCCCAGAGAAGAUGCAUUUGUGGCGCAACAAAGCCUUUCAGUGUCUUUAAAUGAGUCAAUAUGUUACGUUUGUGUACUGGAGGACAACAGUUUAGCUUUGUCUUUAUAGUCCGCUCUAUGGCCAUUAUAUUAGUACGUGAACUAGAUUGUAAAGGUAGCUUAUGCACGGCACAUCUUUACACCCAAAUUUGCUCCAAAUGCAUACUAAAAAGUCGUUGAGCCUCACUGAAAAGAAGUCAAAAUUUCAAGAAUAGUUAUUUUCAUGAAAGCUUGUAAUAAAGGAGUUAUAUUAUGUGAAUGUCAUACUGGCGAGAGUCGUGGGAUUACAAAAAAGUAGGUAGUGAUAUUACAGUAAUUGUCACCCAUUAGAAAAAUAAUAUAUUGGAACAUGAAGAGUAUGUAAAAGUCGUAAUAUUCCAAGAAUUUUAACUUUUGAAAUGUGAUGUGAAUAUUACCAGACUAAUGUUGUUUUAAUAAAGUGGUAAUAUGAAAAGAAUAGUCAUGAUUUUAAAAAAAUGGUAAUAUUUGUAGAAUGAAGUCAUAUACAAUUUAUUACUAUAAUAUAAUUAAAAGUCAAAUAUGACAGUCUCGAGACUGUAUUUCGUUUGAUUAAGAGUUUAGAAUUGUAUGUGUGGUGAAUUUAUUCACGUAAUAUAAAAAAAGGGGAAAGUUGCUUUUUUGUAAUAGGACAUUGUUUUUCCUCUACAUUUUAAUAUCUAGUCUCUGAAAGAAGAAUUUAUUUGGGGUGGAACAUGACUAAUUUAUUCUGUUUUUCCUUGUAAUGUUACAAAGUUAUCCUUUGAAAAUUACCAAUUCUUACCAUUCCAAUAUUUUUCUUUACACAUAUUUAAACUUUUUUUUUUUUUUUUUAAACUAAAAAAAUCAAUACCUUGUUCUCAGAUUAAGACGGUUUUUGCUUUUACAAUUCUCUGAAAAUUGUGAAUUUAUUCAAACAAUUCAAUGACAUUUCCCCCCUUCUUUUGAAUGUGGCCCAGACCCUCUUUAAUAUGAUCACUGCUGCAAUUGAAGGAUUUAAUUUGGAGGUCACAUUUGAAAGGAAAUGGUUGUUGGGCGUGAGAGGGUGUGUGUGUUUGGUACAUACAGAAAGCAAAAGUAAGUUUUUUGUUUUUGUUUUUUUUUUUGUUUUUUUUCCCCCAAAAGUUAAUGGAUAAACGUUACUAACUCAGACCCGCUAAUUGGUCACAUUUAUAUAAAUGUUGUGGGGCUCAACCUUUUAUUUUUAAUUUUUUAUAUAAAUAGUUUUUAACGCUUUACUCACAACCCAAAGCUGGAUGCAUGUCGUUACCGUGAAGUGCCUGCCUGCUUGGUUCAACUCCUCAUCAAACCUCAGAGCUAGUGUGUUCAGCCUGUUACACUUCAGGGAAAAAAUGUCACCUUAAUAUCCGACUCGGGGUAACGGAGGGGUGUAAAAUUUCCGCUAAAUUUGAAUGGGGAGUUAGGGAAAUAAGCAUUAAUUCCCAACUUUAAAAAUUCCUGGACUGUUGCGACCCGAUAUCCGACUGAUACAAGCCAUAAUGGUGCCACUACGGAUGCCUCUUAUUUUGAGUGUAACCCUUUUCAAAUGUCUAAUCGUGUACUUUUUGUUCAGUAAGAAAGCAUGUGUAGCCUCAAUGUUGAGCAUUUAUCUGUAUUAAAAGGACAUUCAUUACAGAA